GGUCGGCGUGUUGGAGAAACACGUUAAUAGUGCGGCAGUACGAGAGUGGGCGUGAGCUACAAUAGUGACUAGACGGUUUUUCCCACACCCAGUCCUCACAUGACGGUUACAGUAGCAACUCCGGCCUCUUUUCCUGUGAUUUCAACCCUUCUACAACGGUUCCUGUUCCAUAUUCAGACGUCUACCACUGAUCGGAGGCUCGCCGUGAUCUCGAGACAGACACCUGCGAGUGCACGGUCAGAGUAAUCACCUAGGUUAUUCAAGGCAAACAUAGCUCAAACAGUCAACGACCGAGCGAUCAGUGUACAUCGCUGUUAAUCUAAACCUCAUUGGAGAAAUCAUUGGAGUGUCUCUCCUCGACGAUACGGCGUUAGGAAAAUCUCCAAAGCUUUCGUGAACUAGUCGACGUCCAUGCUAAGGUUUUUAAGAACCUUGAACACCAAGCUUUCAACGUUAAUCUGAUAAGUGAGAGAAGGCCUUGCUUCAGAAGGCCGGUAGUACAAAAGAGACCGGCUCUAGCCACGAAAAUUACUAUUUCUACGUGACUCAAACGGACUCCCUAGGAUUUUGUCGAGUCUACUACAAUGGAGAGCGCCCAUCCACCGUCCUAUGCCGGACUGUACCCUUACCUACAGAGGUUCGAGCGGGAUUUCGACUACCAGGGGGCCAUGGAAUGGAUGGACACGAACUGGACACAGUGUGUACACUGGUGUGUGUUUUAUGUGCUGAUGAUUGUUUUGGGCCAGCGCUGGAUGCAAAACAGGACAAAAUACACACUGAGAGGCCCGCUGAUCGGUUGGAACCUCCUUUUAGGGAUGUUCAGCGUCUUGGGUACAAUACGGUUCGUCCCGCCGCUUGUCUCCGACGUCAGGGAACACGGAUUCGAGUGGACGCUCUGCAGCGCCACCUGGUACAGGGAUCCGGUACUGCACCUAUGGGGGAGCGCGUUCGCCUUCAGCAAAGUCUUGGAGUUCGGAGACACCGUCUUCAUCAUCUUAAGGAAGCAGAAACUGAUCUUCUUACACUGGUAUCAUCACGUGACCGUCCUGUUCUACGUGUGGCUGUCGUAUAAGGAGCAGUUGGCCGGAGGGAGGUGGUUUAUAGCGCUCAACUACGGCGUGCAUGCGACGAUGUACAUGUACUACGCAGCCCGUGCAGCCGGCAUUUACAUCCCGAGGAAGGUUGCCAUGGUGAUUACGUCAUCGCAGACCCUGCAGAUGGUGAUUGGCUGCGUCAUCAACUACGUCAGCUACAAGCUCCUCUUCGUCGACAAAGUGCCCGGAUGUAGCGCGAGCCUGACCAACAUCGUGGUGUCCAGCGUCAUGUAUUUUAGUUACCUUUUACUGUUUCUGCACUUCUUCUAUGGUGCCUACGUCAGGAAAUCUAAACUGGAGAAGAAAGAACAGUAAUAUAGAUAGAAAGCCGACAUUUAACCCAUUAGCUAUAGGUUACGCGUCAUUAGAUUGCUUUUCAUGUCAAUGAUGCUUGCCAAGUUGGUGUCCAAAUUUGAAUUUUUGUGAAUUUUGAUUAUAGGUUCAAACGAUUGUAAGCUUUUGGAUGUUUCUCAAUAUUU